UCACCAACUCACUCCUCAGGCCUCAUCUGCUGAGUCCCGGACAGACAUACGAACCAAGUUCUUUAUUGAACUAGUAUGUUCUCCUAUGGGCUACUUCCAAUAUCCCUCGUAGCACUCCUUCUCGUUUCUCCACUCUUAGCGGCACCGCCAACGACUUUCCACGACCCGUUUCAUGAUAUCGCCAUCCAUGCACCUAAACCACCUGAACAGCCGAUAUGCUGUCUAAGACCACUGACUCCUUUGGAACCUACCGAGGAGGAAGUCCUACUCACAUUCGAGGAAUGGAAAGCCAAGCGGUUGGCUGACCUGAACAAAGAGUUACCUCCUGGUUCGCAGCCGACUGUUACUCCAGGGCAGAAGCCUGUUGGCAGCAUCGUGUCAGACAAUGGCUCUGAACCAAACAGCGGUAGUAUCUCGUCGGAAGGACGUAGUCCACCAUCUCCACCUGAAGUUACUCUGGCGGAAAUACCUCCAGACCGGCUUUCACCUCACUUCCGGAUACCUAUAACAGACCGUUUCAACUACGCCUCUACGGACUGUUCGGCUCGUGUACACAGUGCACACAAGUCUGCGAAGUCUGCGUCAUCAAUCUUGACUUCCAAGAAAGACAGAUACAUGCUCAGUCCAUGUGCUGAGCCGAACCAAUUCGUCGUUGUGGAACUCUGUGAAGACAUCUGGAUAGACACUGUUCAACUCGCAAACUACGAAUUCUUUAGCGGUGUAUUCAAAGAUUUUUCUGUGAGCGUCGCAAAGACGUACACGACUGACCCUAAGCGUUGGGUACCCGCGGGAACGUAUCGAGCGAAGAAUGUCCGUGGGGUGCAGUCUUUCCAUCCUCCGACGUCGCUGGGUGACUUUUAUCGCUUUAUACGCAUUGAUUUUCACUCGCAUUACGGCAACGAAUACUACUGCCCAGUAUCGCUGCUCCGAGUCUACGGUCUCACGCAUCUGGAGCAAUGGAAAUGGGACAUGUGGGAAGAUGAGAGUCGAAGGCGCGUGGAAGAAGCUGUUUCUGCUCCCGGGGAGGUGGUCGAAGAGCCUUCGAAAUCCGUUCAUAUGUCUGCCACUGGAUCUAUGGAAGAUAUCCCAGGAAAGAUGACAGAGAGCAUCAUCGUCUCAGCAGAACCUUCAGCAACACCUCAACAACCAUUCUCAACGCCUGCUGACACCACAGCAUCUACACCGCUCACCUCCUCACCCACCAUCCCGGAAUCGACUCCACAUAUACCUGCAUCUAGCGCUGGCAGCGCUUCAAUGAUACCCUCUGACUCUUCGUAUACCUCUCGUCGUUCGAAGAAGACCAAAGUGUCUACUACCUCAAGCGCCGUCUCAACAAUUGCUACGCCAGUACCUGACUCAGCUGCGCAUCUGGUGGGCGAAGCUCCCGCGGAGACCCCGUUAAAAACUAAGAAAGAGCGACAUCGCACUGUAUCGGUCCCUGUCUCUCAGGACACCGUUUCAUCGUCUGUGUCUUCUGCAACGACAUCAUCCACGAUCUCGUCUUCUAUGUCUUCAUCUUCGUUUAACGUUUCCGCUACUACUCUGGAGUCUAGCAGUAGCGUGUCAUCUUCAUCGGCCCCAUCAUCUGUUUUAUCCAAUUCUUCAUCCAUACACAGUUCCCGUUCCAUAACGACACCCAUCCCGGUUAACACUCCACAGUCACUCACUGUAGUUGCGCCUCCGAUAACAACAGGCGGCGAGAGUAUUUAUCGUACCAUCAUGAACCGUCUAUCUGCUCUGGAUACGAACACAACCCUUUAUGCGAGAUACGUGGAAGAACAAAUUGCUGGUGUCAGGGAGGUACUCCGAAGGGUAGGCGAGGAUGUGGGACGGUUGGAAGGAAUAGGUAAGGCGCAGGCUCAGAUGUACCAGCGGUCCCUGUCGGAUUUUGAGCGACAGCGGAGACGUAUGGAGCUCGAACAUAAUGAGUUACUCUCCAAAGUCAAUUAUCUUACCGCUGAGGUCACGCUAGAGAAACGUCUUGGUAUCGCUCAGCUCUGUUUACUUCUAACUGUCCUGGUAUUCAUGACGCUCACCCGGGGAUCGAGGGGAGAGGUCGUUCACGCUGCUCCACGAGCACGUACAUCAUCCAUGCGAGAAUGGGGGAAGCGGACGCUGAGUUUUAGUGGCGACUGGAUGACUAAGUUCAGGAGUCCAAAACGCCCCUCUGAAGCUACACAUCUCGACGCUGUUGCUCAAGCAAACCUUGACAAGACACCAGGACAAGUGGCAUUUCCUUCAGAAAGCGCCCAAGUUAUUGAGAUUGCUCGAAAUCGACGCCCUCAGUUAGCGAGCAGUUGCAAAACUACCUCGACCUCGCGACCACGCACCCCUUCCCUUCGAACACCUAUGUCCCGUCAUAACACAUACAACCACAAUCGACCACCAUCGCCGACGUCGUCCCGACCUGUGUUGCAACGCGCAAACUCAGGGGGCCCUAUAGUUUUGACAACAAGUACAAGCGUUGGAGUCAUAGGUCCCGUGCCAAAAUCUGCAAAACGAUGGGCGCGAAGCGCACAUUUGCACGAAGUCAAACACUUUAGUGCACACAGAAGGAUGAACAUUAACACUGGUACGACUCCACGCGCAGAUAGAGAUACAGAAAACAAACCGCCGUUCCUGCCCUCGUUCACUUCUGAUUCCCAUUUGCUAUCGAUAAGAAGAGAGCGUGGACUUCAGAACGGCGAAGGAGAUGUGUUCGGUCCUUCUUUUGAUGGACCUAGCGGAUCCAGUGUGGGACAGGCUGGCAGCUCUAGGUCUGGUCGAGGCCGGUUAUCAAGUCAGAAGCAGCUCUCUGUUGGUGACAUGCGAUUGGGGUGUGUUCGCAAAGGCACUUCAUCUGAGAACAGCGAGAUGGAUAGUUGGGUCGAUACAGAUGCCGAUGGGACGGAUUCUGAAACCGGAGAUCAUGCUGCCCAAAGUACGGAUGGUAUUCCCGUUCAGUCUGAUGUGCCUUGAGGGGUCUAUGUUUUGCUUUUUUGGAUGUUUGUUUGAUUCCGUCUCUGACAACUCUCUUGCAUUUCGUAUCAUGUUACUUCUCUUGCACACGCAUUUUGGAUCUCUGGACUCAUCAGCAUAGGAUUGUCAUAUUGUAUAUAUUGCAUGGAUCGGAAGAUUUGUUUUCGUGUUCC